AUCAGAAAUAUCCAUUGAAUCAACUGAUCUAUCAUCAUCAAGCGAUGAGGAAAUUACAUAUACAACUGGUGGUACAAAAAGGAAAAGAGGGAGGCCAAAAGGGUCAAAAGCUACAUCUUUGAAUGAUUUCGGCAGUAGUAGCUCUGAUGAGGAUGCCAUACCAUUGAGUGAAUAUCCAAAACAGAAAGUGUCCAAAAAGAUUAUGCCACUGUUUAAGCUUGUUGCCAUGCCUUGCUGUACAUAUUUGUGCCUGUCUGCUGUGGCCUUGAGUGAAAGCAAAACAGCAAGAAAUGAUUUCCUCCAAAUGCGUCUCAAAGAACAGAGACAAUUUAUUCUGGACUACUUAAGACAAAAUUCAUUGAAACAAUUUCAGAACAAAAGGUGUGCCAGAUGAGCAGUGACCCCCCCCCCCCCCCAAGGAUGG